UCUCAAGGCACAAGUAUUACUGCCACCAUGUCUGAAGACCUUGUGCUAAAAUCCUUAUGCGAGAGAUGUGGGGUAAAUUCAAACUUAUAUGGAAGUAACUGCAAGCAUAUGACAAUAUGCCUGCCUUGUGGAAAACAUUUGGCAGAAACAAAAGCAGUUUGCUCUACUUGCAGAAGCCCUGUUACAAGUUUAAUUCGUGAGUAUAAUGUUCGAGCAUGCGACACUAAUAAUAAACGUUUUUCUAUUGGAACCUUUAAAGAUGGUUUACCAGAAUUUUUUAAGAAGGGUUCUGCUGAAAAGUUGUUUGUGCAUAAGGAAGGCCUCAAGGGUCCCCGGCUAACAGAUGCUGUGCGGGACAAAUACAAAAAUAAGCCAUGGAUAAUAGAAGAUGAGUCUGGUAAGAACAAGUAUCAAGGGAAACUUGAGGGUUCACAGCAGGGGACCUACUACAUAUUGAUGAUCCGUGAAAGGGAUAUUGUUGCUAUUCCUAUUGAUGAAUGGUAUAGUUUUAGCAAAGUGCUUAAAUAUAAACAGCUGUCUUCGGAGGAAGCAGAGGAGAAAAUGAAAAACAGAAAGAGAGCUGCUGAAGGAUUUUCUAGAUGGAUGAUGAAAAUAGCAAACAGUGGUGCUGCUAAAGGUGGCAAACUUGAGCAACUUGAAGGUAGUGCAUGGAGUGGGCGCAAAAAGGGUGAUGAUGAAGCCAAUGACAUUGUUCUUUCUGAUAGAGAAGAGGAGAAUGAGGAUGAAGAGGAGGAGAGAAAAGGUAGGCUUGGCCUAAACAAAAGAGUUGGUGAUGAUAACGAGGAAGAGGUGAAAGUAGGUGGCUUUGAUGCAGAUGAUGAUGACGACAUAGGAAAAGGUGAUGAUUGGGAGCAUGAAGAAAUAUUUACAGAUGAUGAUGAAGCAAUUGGAAGUGAAGCUGAAGAUGAAGAUGAAUCAGAUUCUGAAGAUUCAGUUCUGCCAGAAAUUAAACAGGAUGAAGAUGAAAGUAGCGAAGAGGAAGGUGAAGGUCUAAGCGUAUCUGGAAAAGAGUUGAAGAAGUUGUUGGAAACAAAAUCCAAGAUAGAUGAUGAUAAUGAGGACGGUGAUGAAAAUGAAGAAACCCAUAUUUUUCCAUUGCUAGCCCAGCAAAAAGAUAUCCCAAAAGUGAAAGCUCUCAAAAUCAUUUCCACAAAAGCUCAGGCUCCAGUAUCUACUAGCAGCAUGCCAGUAACAACAAAAUCUGUUGGAGCAAAAAGGAAGUCAGACAAUGAGGAUGCGAAGCCAACUGAAGCUUCACCUACAAAGAGGCAAAAAACAGAUGAUUUGCAAUCCACUAAAACAACCAGUGUAAGAGAUGAAGUUAUACCUAUAUCAAAAAGUGUUUCAACCUCAGGGAAGCAUACACUGCGUGCAUGUAACAAGGCCACAGGUGCACAAACGGCAGGGCCAGUGCCAGAAGAGGAAUUGCUGGAAUUCUUGAGAGAAAUGGCCCCAGUAACAACCCAAAUUAUUUCAGCUAAAUUUAAGCCAAGAAUCAAGACUCAAGAGGAUAAGUUGGCAUUUGCCCAAGUUUUGAAGAAAAUUUCUCGCCUUGAGAAAAUUAAUGGUGUCAAUUAUUUGGUAUUAAGAAAUAUUUGAAGAUAUCAAUUUUGUUUGAAUUUAGUUGAUCUCUCCUAUGCAACAGC